AUGAGUUUUUACAAUGGUGUCGUGCCCGCAGACGGGCCCUCUGCACAGACUGGCAUUAAUUGGUCACUCCACCAACAGACUCAGAUAAAUCCCCAGUCUCCAACUACUGUCAGGGCUACGUCUAAUUCCAGCAAUUAUGCAGCACCGGUCACUCCUGCGCAAGCAUAUGCGCGCUCUGUUGUCUCUGGACAACAUGUUCUGCAAUACACCAUUGAGCGCCAGCAGCUAGAAAAACCAUCUGGUCAACAGCCAGGGCCAAAUUUGCAGUCUCCAAUCGGCGUUUCCGCGUCUACACGCGGUCAGUCGUACGCCCAGCGCCUGUAUGCCAGCUCGUUAAGCAAGCAGCCUCGAGUUCAGACCCAGCAGCAGCCCACCAGCAGGCAGCCUUCCUCUUCUGGACCUGGAGGAUCUCCAGUCAACCGAGCUCCGGCUGGCCCGCGUGCUCCUUAUAGUGCCAGAGCAUCUCUCAUGUUGAAUACGGGUCACACAAGCGCUCCUCAAACUGUUUCUCCUCUUGAUUUCUACCAUAGCAGUGUCUCAAAACUUGAUCUUCAGUCACCGGUACCUGAUCGAGGCACCAAUUCUCCAAGAGCUCGGCGCCCUCAGUCAGCUACAGGUUCCGCUUCAAGCAUCUCCGUGGUCCAUUCCUUGAUUCCCAUUCAAGCACCCCACGGUCUGGAAGCUCCCAGUAGGCGUAGCCCAGUUCCAGCGGAACUCCCCGAUGGACCUCCGCCAUCGCCUGCUGGCGACCUCCGACGGUCAAGUCAGGCGGGGUUGCGCUGUAGGAGCCCGCCCAGUACAACGCAUGUGAUACCAGGCAGCUCAACGUCAUCAGACAUUCCUCCACAGCCUGAGAGCGUGAACAAUGUCAUAGCUCCACCGGAGCCACCCCCAGGGGAGUUUGGCCCAUACUCAGAGGAUUAUUCAGGAGGUUCAGCUCAUGUGACUGCAAUCACUUCUAACCCCGAGUCCGUGACUCAACCUAGUGAUCCAUUGCCUGCACCUAUACAGACUGAGAGUCUUGAUGUCGGCAGUUCCGAGGAAGUACCAUUAUAUUCCCUCGUUGACGAAGAACCUCCUCCCCCAGACUUCGACGAGUCACAAUCCAUGAGCAACGUGAGUAGGGCGAGCACGUAUCAUGCCGAAUCACCCAUUGUACUGGCACCUCCUGAUGUACCGUCGCCCACACCGCACGAGUCACAAUCCAUGUGCAAUGUGACCAGGGCGAACAUGUAUCACGCUGAAUUACCAACCGUGCUAGCACCUCCUGAUGUACCCUCGCCCACACCGCACGAGUCCGAUUCUGUAUCUGGGGUCGUACCUUCAGUAGGUGCAGAUACUCCCCCAUUCGUUGGUAUCCCUCGUGCACUUUCUCCGGAACCUCUUUCUGGAUCUCCGCGAACCUCGCUGGCUAUGCCAGAAGUAGCGUCAUACCCUAUGGAGAAAGUACCUGAGGAUGUUAAAGAGAAAUCGUAUGGUUACUCUGCAGAGGACUCGAUGCCUAAGUUCUCUGAGAAGUCAUCAUCGUACCCAUCUAUGGAAGCUUCAUCGUCAUCUCGCACACUAUCCGAACAGGUGCCUUCAUACAGGCAACCUAGGUAUAACACCAGUCCUCGGGACAUACCGCAUCCUCGUCUCUCCUCGGCGGCCUCCCCACGCAAUGAUACCUCUGCGAAGACUUUUUCUACAGCACCACCGUCUGCUCUUCAACCGAGGAGACCUGUGGUUUCUACACUAGCAUCCAUCACAGCUUCUACACCUCCACCCACGAUGCCUGUACCUCCUCCAUUGAGCCCAAAGGUGUCCGAUGUGAACGCGGUUGAAGUUCGACCGACAACUUCCCUGCCUCCUCGACCCGGUAGCAGCCACCAACCAUCUAGCCCACCUCUUCCCCAAAAAGUCAGGGCAGAGCCGACAUUCCCUCCUUUAUCAGCAGGUACCCCACCUUUUAUUGCCGCUUCUGCCAGAACAACCUCGCAGAUGCAUUAUGCAGUUUCUCCUUCACCUCUUCCUCCGCCUCCCCUUCCCCAGCGUUCUCGGGGCCUAUCAGUACUCUCUGCAUCAUCAACUGGCAGUCGUCCUGCAGAGUUCAGACCUCAGCUAUCUCCGAAUGUAUCCCCUACAUUGCAAGGACAUGCUCCUUACCAGUCAUCGCGUCAAAGCUUCCAGCCUCCCGCAGAGUUCAGACCCCAGCUAUCUCCGGCUGUAUCUCCUACACUACAAGGACAGGGACCUUACCAGUCAUCGCGUCAUAGCUUCCAGCUUCCCGCAGCAUUCAGACCGCAGCUAUCUCCGGCUAUAUCCCCUACACCGCAAGGAUACGCACAGGCUCCUUACCAGUCACCGGGUCAAAGCUUCCAAUCACAGGCCUCGCCGCCACCGCCACCGCAACAUGCAAGUGCACAAAUUCCACCUGCUCAACCGGUUCAAUCUAGCAAGGGACUUGGAAAAAAUGUUGCGGCAGGUCUAGCAGGAGGCGCAGUUCUUGGUCUGCUCGGCGGGGCUGUGCUCGCUGAGACACUUAGCGGCGGUGAUAUUAUUGACGAUAUCACUGGAGGUAUGAAUGGAAUGACGUUUGGAAACCCCGUAGAUGGUCUGCUCGACUCCAACAUGGGCACUGGUGAUAUUAUAGGGAGCGGAUUCGACCCUACGACAAACUUUCAAGGAGACCAGAUGUUCGCCGGGAACUCCUCCGGCCAAACAUACGAUAUGUUUAAUCAGACUACGGGGAAUGGAGUAGACCUCAGCCAGUUUCAAGGACAGUUAUCUAUGCAGACAUUUGAUGUAUCUCAGUCACAACAGCAGCCGAAUGGCCAGAGCAAUCAAAGCAGCGGCAUGCACUAUCUGCAUGAUGCAGGACAGCUCAUGCAAGCCGCUUACAAGAUGUAUAAAACCUCGCACCAGACUGACGCAGCUCAGGGUUCUCAAGGUUCACAGACAACGGCUCCACUGCAACAAACCCUGGCGCCCACGGUGCCCAGCAUCUCAGGUACUGGUUACCUUCCUAAUUCGCCGCCGUUAGGAUACGCACAGACAAGCUACCCCAGCCAGACUCAGCAAACCGGACAAUCCAUGCACCCCAUGGCAUCUCAAACCGCUCAGCCACCCACUGCCACACCGUUCUCACAACAUUACCCAUCUGUAAAUCCUGCUUCUCAGCAGGGCACACAUCCACUUUCUCACCUUCACGCGUCCCCACAAAGCUCUCACACAUCUCAUACCCAGGGCCCACAUAUGAAUCAUGCCACUUACCCCUCCUUCGGGACCGCCGCUUAUACCAUGUCUUCGCAGGGUCCGCCAAUACCAACCCAGUAUGCUGUGAACCACGGUUACAGCACUGCCCCUCACCACGCUUAUUCGCCCCAAUCCCAGGCGGGAUACUCCGUCCAUCCCGCACAAUAUCAUGCCCAGGGAACCUCGCAACAGAGUCCCACUGGUCAACAGCCUCCAAGUGCUGGUGCUAGUCUAAACAAAACUAUGCUCGCAAAGCAAUUUGUCAAGGGCGCGUUGAUGGCUGGCGGUGUCCUCGCGAAAUAUAACCGUCUGAAUGGGGGUAGUGGGUUUGUAGGGAAUGGGAAUGGGAAUAAUUGA